GGCGUAAAGUAAGCAAGAACUGUACACGUUAAAUAAUUCUUUGUUAUAAAACCCUGGGGUGUUACCACACAUUGAUGACUAAAUAGUUUGUAUUCGACGAUGAUAUAAACACAUCGCUAGCGCUGGACUUAUUUUUGAUUUGUACACUGAUUAAAUUUCUCGUAUUUUAUGAAAUUAUGCCUCAGAAGGAAGAUGAAGAGCGACUGUCUAUCAGUGCAAGAAGUACUCUAGUUUACUCUUGUACAUUAUAAUUGCUCCUAAUACCACAGCUACCCGUUCUAAGGCGUUCUUUGCCUGUGUUCUGCGAGUGGAGGCGGCAACAGUACAUUAAUUACCUGCAGAUUACGGUUUAUUUAUUUAUAUCUUUAUUCAUUGAGAAGCUAUCUACAUUCACAAUAUAAUCUAUUGGGUGACCACUUGACCAUGGCCUUGGUUCAAUUCCAACAAUUCCAUUACCAGAGUAGGGUGGAAUUUAAAGAAUGGCAGGAAUUUAUAAUUAGAUCCCAGACUUCUUGUGAGACAAUGACAUCAGCACUGUACCAUAGAACUGCAGAAUGAGUGAUGGUAGUCUGACAAGAGAGCAGUUUAAUAAUGCCAUUGAUAAGUUUGUUGAAAAAUGCCAAAUCUUGAAUGAAAACUGGUGUGUUCGUCAUGUUGAGGUAAAUAUGACUUUUCAAAUUCAAUCUUAGAUUCGCCCGUUCACAAGUAAUUGCAGCUUAAUGCAGAGUUCUAUUAUUAAGUUGCAUGCCUCAUUUUAUUUGACUGUCAACAAUCGAUUUCCAAGCAUCUCCAUUUUGUAUAUUCUAAGUGAAGUUACGUGCUGACAGACGCGGGCCCAUGGUAUAUUAUCAGCUCGGGGCACCUUGACCCCCCCCCCCCCAACAACAUUUUAAACACUGAAUUCAGAAAGAUUCAAAAAUCCUUUUGUAUUUCAUGAGUUGAAAAGUUGGCCAUGUAUUUACAAAAAAAUCAACCCAGUUUCUAGCAUUAAUAUUAUAUAUUCUUUUUAUUUUUUUAAAUUUUUUAUAAUUUAAGCUUUGCCAACUAGGGCAUGGUCACCACAACAGCAUAUGCCAAUUACUGUGGGCCCUUUUAUCUAACCCACCCUAUCAACUUUCUCUGUGGGAGGAAACCGGAGUACCCAGAGAAAACCCACAACUUUCGGCAGAGCGUUGACUUUGGGUUUGAGUCGCAUUGGGAUUAAAGUUCCCAAUGAGGUUUGAACCUGCGGCCUUAGAGGUGAAAGGCAAGUGUGCUAACCACUUCGCCACCGAAGCCCCAGGGUAUAAAGAUUAGAAGUCAUGCAAACUAGGUAAACAACAUGGGCAACAUCCAUAUACAUGAUUGCAUGAACAUGUACCGCAUUUGUGAUUUGCCAUUGGCGUCUCUUUCGCGGGGCCCCCCAAAAGUGCAGGGCCCAUGACAUAUGCCACUUCUGCCAUAUUGUUAAUCCGGCACUGUGAUGCUUUUUCCAACACAGAUCCUUCAUAUUUCACUUAUUCAUUAGCAGUACUUCAUGUAUGCCUAAUAUAUAGCACCUUGUAAAACCCUUAUUCAAGUGCUCUCAGCAACUGUAAUAUAAUUGUAAUAUAAAAUAUAAACUUUGUCUGUGCCAGUGUUAAUCUUGACAUCAUAGCCUCCUCUGCAGGCAUCUCUGAUCUCUAUAUGUUAUAGCCUGCGAAUGGGUAUUUCUAAAAAAUUCUAGAGGAGAUUCCUGCCAAAAAUUGAACAAAGUGGAGAAGUGGAUGUGAGCAGGUUCCCCUAAGUAGGUUUUUGCUAUAUUUUGGCAAAGGGGCAAAGAUUGUGUUUAAAAACUUUAAAAAUGUCUUAUAAUGUGUCGAAAUAUUCAAGAUAGGAACACGAUAUAUUAAUGAAGAAUAUGAGAGAAAGAACAUAUAUAUAAUAUUUCACAUGUUAAAUAUAUAAUGUUUUAUAGACAGCUGCCGUACGCAUUACUUUUAAGCAUAUUUAUUUAUUUAACAACUUUAAUUUGGUACGUACUGUAGAUAACUUGACAAUAUUGUACAUAACUUACAUACAUAAUUACAUUGAACAAGAAUAUGGAGAAUAGUAAGGUGCCAAAAGUGGCGAAACACAAACGAGACUACUGUAGGUCCCAUAUGCAUGGUGCACACCACUAAAUGAGAUAGUAUAGAAGAGCAAGAAAAAUAUAGAAUAGAAAAUUAGAAGGUGAAUGGAAAACUAGAAGCACAGAAGAGAGAAGUGGUAGAAUGAAUGACCUGGAAGAUAUUAGUUAGUUGUGAUCAAUGAGUGUGAGCUAGGCCGUAAGUUAGGAGUGUCACUAGGCAGUAGCAGUCAGGUGGAGGUAAGUCUUGUGUAGGUAUGAUUUAAAGGUGGAGAGAGUGUCGCAGCAGUUAGAAGGAGGAGAGUUUACAUAUAGUUCCACAUUUUUACAAUCCUAACGAGGUAAGAACUUUGAAAAUUAGUUUUACAAGCUUGUGUUCUUAGGCCAGAGGUGCCCGCGCGUGUCCUGCCUACUGUAGUUUCAACAUAAAGUGAUGUGUCAAGAUCUGUGAGACCGUAGUUGCAUUUAUAAAAAAAUGUUAAGUUGUUAUAUACCACUAUACCUCAAAAUAUAAACAGAAUGACUUCGACGUUUCGAGCGAAGGCCCUUCGUCGCGCAAGUUAGUAGCGCGUGAAUUGGGAAAAUUACGUAUGCUUUUUCACUGUAUAAAAGCACAAAUGUCAUGUAAUUUUCCCAAUUCACGAAAAGCCCUUUCCUCCACGAAAGGCCUUUCUCGAAAGGUCGAAGUUCUGUUUGUAUUUUCCAGAUUGUAGUAGAUAGUUGUAUAUAUAUGCUUUACAACCGACCGCGUCCGAGAUAUUAUAUAAUAUUUCACUUGCUUUUCUUGAACCUCUUUCUCUACAUCUCACUCUUCAUUACCUUGGAUGAUGAAAAAGUUUUAAAUGGAAGAACUUCUUUUCAGAGGGUGCAAUAGGUUCUUAAAUUGCAAAUCCCGUGCUAUCACCGGAUUUCUUCAACCGUUGAAAUUAAAAUCUUGAAAAGCUAUAAAACUAAGGAUCUUGCAAUAAAUACUAAGGUUUAUUCUGGGUUAUGCCAGGAUGAAAUAUUGAUUACUGGUCUUGACUCAGUGUAGCUUCGAAGUUCUUCCUUCAGCAAGUGACACCAUUCAGAUCAGUUGCUCCAGAGUCUUUGUGUGUGUGUGCCUGCAGGCGCCUCGCUCUCAGGUCGAACAGGCUAGCUGUCAUCAGUGCGAUAGCGAAUGUAGACGCUGCCUUUGUUUGCCGCCUGUUCCAGCAUCAUCAGGUAAAGAAGAUGAUGUACAAACUGCUUGAUGGCGUUUACAAUAUAGACAAUCUUAGAGAGGUCGUUUCUGUGACUGAUCUUUACGACGCUGGAGGAAUUGAGGGGCAGCCGUGUCUUACUCUUGCAGGAUGAGCCCUUUUUUGCUUACGCUUUGGUCAGAUUGAAAACAGUAAAUCAUAUGGGAGUUCUCCCUUCUCUCAGCAACAAAUGAAGCUAGAGCUCCUUGAGUUUCGCAUGGACAAUGCUGACACCCACCCCUAUUCCCCGUGCGAAAACCAUGCGAAAUGCCAUUAAUUUCCACAGUUCCACUAACUUCUCCAGUUAUGUUUUCACUGGUUAUCUACGGAUGUGAAGAAUUGCUGAGUCGUGGGCCGUGCAGUUGGCCAUAAAGGACAUCUGGAAGUGUUAGCACCAGCAGUUCAGGAUUAAUACCUUGUAUGUGAGCAGUGCCUGCUCAUCUGCACUGCGCAAAGAACUCUGGACCUGAUAUCAGGGGCCAUACACAGCCUUGAGGUCUUCAUACAAUCCCCUGGAGUCACCAAUGUCGGGUAAAGUUGAGUUUUCUUCUCAGUUCAAGAUGGCUGAGCUAAAUGGGCUUGGUGCGCAGAUUUAGAUCUCUUUUUCGCUAGCAAUAUACUUCAAUCCCCUAGUUAUUCAUAACAAACCAGUCUUUUCAUCAGUGUCCUACGCAGAGAACCCGGGACGACCUUUUUCAGAUGUCCACAGAAUGGCAGUUUUUAGGAGUUUCCAAAACAAUCCAUGGGAGGGAUUUGUAGAACUACUGGAUUUCUCAAGCCUCGACAUCCACUAAAGUUUGGAAUGUACCAACCUUCAGCUUUUUCCUUGAAGCACUUCCUUUCUUUGGGUUUGGUUUGAAGUGAAGACGAACGAAACGAUAGUUGAUGUGAUAUUCUACAUUGGGCAAAACUCCAAAAACAAGCGCCCAUGGACGUUGUCGUUGCCGUUUUAACACUGUGUUUCCCAGGCUAUGUUUCCCAAGUAUUCCUUUGCAGGGUUCUGAAUCUUUGCUUAAGACCUUGUCCCGUGUCCGGUCUGCAGAGCUGGUUAGCAGGUUGUGCAAACGGUUUAAAACGUGUGUUGGAGCAUGACCCGUAUCGUUCGUGGAGGCAAUUUAGUCCUCGAUCAUGAAUCCGAUGCCUGAAGUCUUAUCUCUUUGUUUCUGGUGCUCCUGACCAGUAGAAGAUGUAACCAGCACUGCGCGCUUUAAGCGGACUCCUCUGAGAGCGAAAUUGCUGAGAUUCAGUCUUGACAGUUUACACCAUUCGACUUUGAGAUGGGUGACAACCUCACUAUCUUCGAUGUUGUUUGGCCACCUUGAACAUGCCCGUUUAUCGCGGUUAACCAACUGCGAUUGAUAGAGACGAGCUUUGGUUAGGUCACCUUUUCUAAGACUUCUCCAAGCGUAACGAUCUAUGCAUCUGACCAACUUGCAUUCAGGAGUAGGACUGAGACUUACAGUGUCCUUUAUAUAUAUAUAUAAUGUGACUGUGUAUAUUUUAUUUAUUUGCUUUGCAAAACCUACACACUGCUCGUUCCAACUGAAUUUUAUUCGUGUAAUAACAGCGAAUAUCAAUUGGUAGUACCUUGUAUGCGCGCAUCACUUUGGUGUAACUGCAAAGUUGACUUCACUUCAAAGAACUUUAAUCUGAAUGUCCACACAAACAUGUAUUUUGUAGAAUGCUCCUGACCAAAUAUAUUUAGCGAAAAGGCAGACCAUUGCAACGACGGUUGAAAACACAUGCAAGACAGAAUUUGAAAAUCUGGCCGAUGAUACAGAAGAGUAUUUGAAGGAAAACACAUUUGAUAGUUCUGUAAGUUAAACACGUUCAUCUUAUACUAUCUUAACUAUUAAUACACUGUAUGCCAUAUGCAAUGCACCCAGUUUGUAGAUAUUUUUCUGUAAUGAUAGACCUGGGGGGCGCUUUCCAUGACCACACCGGUUAGACAAGCAUUUCUGUCUCUAUGUUAAUGGAAAGACCAGUCUGGCCAAUGGAAAGCGCUCUUGGUGAACCCAAAACUUUCACCAGGUCACAAUACAUAUGGAGGAAAAGAUUCCUAUGGUGGAUCUAAACAACUGCAGUUCAGGGAGGUAAUGUAGUUUCCUUCAUAUACUCUAGUUUCCCUCGUGUACUCUGGUUUCUUCCGUAUACUCUGGUUUCCUCCGUGUAUUCUGGUUUCCUUCAUAUACUCUAGUUUCCUCCGUGUACUCUGGUUUCUUCCGUGCAUGUACUCUGGUUUCCUCCGUGUAUUCUAGUUUCCUCUGCGUACUCUGGUUUCCUCCGUGUACUCUGGUACCUCCGUGUAUUCUUCGUCUUCUCUGGUUUCCUUCGUGUAUACUCUGGUUUCCACUGUGUACUCUGGUUUCUUUCGUGUAUUCUGGUUUCCUCGGUGUACUCUAGUUUCCUCCGUGUAUUCAGUAACUCAGGUUUCCUCCGUGUACUCUGGUCUCCUCCGUGUACUAUGGUUUCCUUCGUGUACUCUGGUUUCUUUCGUGUAUUCUGGUUUUCUUUUCGUUUUAAUUAGACAACGAGACUGAGUUGUCUAUGAGCGAAUACUAUAGUCAACGAAAGCGUAGCCUGAUUGACUAUUCGCCAUAAAUAACGAGGCCGAGUUGUCUAAUUGUUUUAGCAAACACUCCUACUCAAAAUACAAACUCCAAGCACAGCUGGAAAGAUUAAAUAAGAUUUAAAAGUAUACACGAGCGUUUAAAUGAUUUCUUUCAACCUUCGCAUGCUUUGCUUGUGGUUUUUAUAUGUUUACUUUUUGCAAACAAUCCGGUGAAAGGAUUUUCGACAAAAUUCCCUCAAAACCUUUGCAAAACAAACGUUUUCCGCCAUUUUUUUUCUCAACCGUGGUCCGUUACGUAAUGGUCCAUGGUUGAGUAGCCAAUCAGAAUGUUGGAUUUAUAAUUGUCCUUGGUUGGCCCGUGUACUUCUAUAAGGAGAACAGUUAAUAAUCUUCAGCAUGCAGCCUUAUUAAACAAUUAAGGUUAUUGCCUUGUGAAGGUCAAAACUCACAACCUCAACACCUCGACCCUAAGCGCGAAAAGCACAGUCCACGUGUUUAUGCCUCGAUUUGUUUGCAGCAUUUUGCAAAACGCAACUUCCAUGUCCUCAUCCAACACAUCCUCGUCCAUUGUGCUCUUCGUGCUUAAGGAUCGUAGUUUUGCGGUUUUCAGCUUGAUUUUGAAAGAAUAUUUCUCAAGGUCGUUAUCUCGCUGACGUUUCGGGCAAACUAACCAUGAUCCUUCGUCCAGACGUAUUUACCUGUGACUUGUUUCUAGGUAUAUUCAAGUAAUACGGACCAAUUGAAAAAGAUUUUAACAUUUGAAUACCAUGUUGUAUACAGCCCCAGCUAUAGUGUUCCUGUUCUCUAUUUUUCUGCGUGGACACAAGGUACGUUUAUUGUAAAUUAGUCGUUCUACAAUUGUGCAUUAUGAAAACAAAAACUUGCACUCUGAUCAAGUAAUUUUGAACAAGUUGUAGCAAUGUAGAUAUUCAUCAGUUCCAGGACUGGAAAACCUGAUUGAGAGUAAAUAAAUUUCGUCACUAGGCGUGGCCCUGGAAACAGGGAUGGACCGGUCAUUAUUUGGGGGCACCGAAGAGAAAAGGGUUGGGUAAACAAAACUUUGGGGUGAAUAAAAGGUUGGGUCAGUGAAAAACUCAAGGGUUGGGUAAUAAAAUGUAUUGUCAUUUCCAAAGCAUGACUUACUCAAAUAUUGAAAACUAAAAAGCAGUGUCAACAGUCAUAUGCCCAUACAAUAUGUAAAUUAAUCAGAGUCACUAUCUUGAUCAUUCGCCGAUUUGUCAGGAGGCAUGCAAAUGGUGUCUUCAAAGAAAAUGCAUGUGUGACCAAAAUGAAAUAUUACACUGCACAAAAUUGCACAAUUGCAUUCCAACAGAAGUGUUAAAAGACAUACAGUAUGUGACAACUGAAUGGUAUAUCCUUUUGAAACGUUUUUGGCCGGGUGUGGGUAUCUAUUUUUUAAUUGAUAUUUGAGGUUGGGUAAAAUUUUUUUAACUUUUUAAUGGUUGGACAAGCAAAAUUUUUUAAUUGAUAUUUGAGGUUGGGUAAAAUUUUUUUAACUUUUUAAUGGUUGGACAAGCAAAAUUUUUGCCACGAAAAACAUCUCUCUUCGGUGCUACCCCCUUUCCCCGCCAUAAAUAAUGACCGCGGUGGUCCGGUUCCUUAGCAACACUGAUCCAUUCUUCAUAAAGUACUAUUUUUCGUAAGGUCCGAAGAUGGUUGCGGAAACUUAUUUCAGUCGUUUUCGCACUUCAGCCUGUUUUACAGGGUCUCACUUCCGUCAUGCCCCCAUCUGGGGUGUGUGCGGAGGUGAGACACUGGGAACGAGGUUGGAGACCUUCCUUGGUGGCCAUGUAAAACAAUGAUAUCGAUGUCUGCUUGCGAGUUAGUUACAUUGCUCUGUAUCUGAAAUACCGUUGAAUAUUACAGGAUCAUGUAGCAGUAUGCUCGUGUAAGCUCGUACACUAGCAGUGACGUAAUUUUGUACUAAAGGGGCCCUGAAUCCUUGUCCUACCCAUGUAUUUAACUGGGGGGAGGAGGGUUACGCUAAAAUUUGCUGGAAUAUUUCAACUUCGCCACUUUGCCAUCCUUGCUCAGGGGCCCCUAUACCUGGAACCCAUGGCUUGAGCCGGGCGGCGCCCAAAGGAGUUACACGACUGUCGUGUAGUAUGGUCUUUACCAUGUUUAAAUUAAACUAAUGAUCAUUCACUUCCACUUUCUUAUACCACUCUAGAUGGCAAACUACUUUCAUUGGAAGAUAUUUGGAAACAAGUGCCAGAAAUUCAUCAUGAUUUUCUCAAUUAUGAUAAAUGGUCGUUUAUAACACAACAGGUGUGUUGGGGAUUGCCUCCAAGUAUCGCCCAAAAUAAAUCACAACAAAACACAGUAUAAUAUCUAUUACAAAAUCACAAGUUUCACAGUUUCACAGCCACAUGUUUUUAAGUUCUCUCCUGGAAAAAACAACCACCGGUAUAAUCCGGAACUUUCCGAAGUGUUUAAAGUUUGGACUCGCGCGUCCCACGCGUGAACAUAAAUACUAAUUCUAGAUUACGACAGUUUCCGACACUCUCCCC